CCAGGGACUGACUACAUUUGAUGACCUGUUUCUGUCCAGCGCUUCUGAGGGCUCAGCUGCUGGGGCUGCAGGAAGCCUCGCUAUGAAUGACCGAAACCACCGUAGGCGGACAAUGAAGGAUGAAGAGACCUUCAACAUCUCCAUCCCCUUUGAAGAGGCACCCCACCUAGAGUCACAGAUUUUCUACAGUCUGAGUCCCUCUGGGAGAAAUUUCGAGGAUCCUCCAGAGGCCACCUCCCCGACCCUGAUGAACAGCGUUAAAGCCCAGCUGCACAUGGCCCUGGAGAGGAACUCGUGGUUGCAGAAGCGCAUUGAGGACCUGGAGGAAGAGAGAGACUUUUUGCGCUGUCAACUGGACAAGUUCAUUUCUUCGGCCCGGAUGGAUGCAGAGGACCACUGCCGGAUGAAGCCUGGGCCUCGGAGGGUUGAUGGGGACAGCCGGGCUGGGGUUGGGGAAGCCUCAGACCCUGAGUCCGCAGCCUCCUCCUUCAGCGGAGUGUCCGAAGAGGGCAGUGCCAGUGAAAGGAGGAGGCAGAAGCAGAAGGGAAGUACUGGCCGGAGGCGGUUUGGGAAACCCAAGGCUCGAGAGAGGCAGCGGGUGAAGGACGCUGAUGGGGUGCUCUGCCGCUACAAGAAGAUCCUGGGCACCUUCCAGAAGCUGAAGAGCAUGUCCAGAGCUUUCGAGCACCACCGCGUGGACCGGAACACGGUGGCGCUGACCACUCCCAUCGCGGAGCUGCUCAUCGUGGCUCCAGAAAAGCUGGCCGAGGUGGGAGAGUUCGACCCAUCCAAGGAGCGCCUGCUCGAGUACUCCCGCCGCUGCUUCCUGGCGCUGGACGACGAGACUCUCAAGAAGGUGCAGGCUCUCAAAAAGAGCAAGCUUCUCCUGCCUAUCACCUACCGCUUCAAGCGGUGAGAGCCGCCUCCCCGGGGCCAGAAGACCGCUGGCUAGGCCGGGCUUCUCUGGGUGCUGCCAGGGCCAGAAGACUGCCCUUCCUGUCUCCCCGCCGCACAGGCAAGGCACCCCAUCUCCAUUCCACGCUCCUCAAGGGCUGCCAGCUCGGCCUCGCUAGCCAGGAGUAACCAACUCAUCUGCAUCCCACAAGCCAGAGCAUUAUUCAGAGAA